AUGCCCUUUUCUUUCAAGCCAGAGAAUAAAAGCCACCAUCCUAGGUCAGAGAACAAGAGCUACCAUCCUAGGCCAGAGAACAAGAGCUACCAUCCUAGGCCAGAGAGCAAGAGCUACCAUCCUAGGCCAGAGAGCAAGAGCUACCAUCCUAGGCCAGAGAGCUACCAUCCUAGGCCAGAGAACAAGAGCCACCAUCCUAAGUCAGAGAACAAGAGCCACCAUCCUAGGUCAGAGAACAAGAGCUACCAUCCUAGGCCAGAGAACAAGAGCCACCAUCCUAGGUCAGUGAACAAGAGCUACCAUCCUAGGCCAGAGAGCAAGAGCUACCAUCUUAGGCCAGAGAACAAGAGCCACCAUCCUAGGCCAGAGAACAAGAGCCACCAUCCUAGGCCAGAGAACAAGAGUCACCAUCCUAGGCCAGAGAACAAGAGCUACCAUCCUAAGCCAGAGAACAAGAGCUACCAUCCUAGGCCAGAGAACAAGAGCCACCAUCUUAGGCCAGAGAACAAGAGCCACCAUCCUAGGCCAGAGAGCAAGAGCUACCAUCCUAGGCCAGAGAGCAAGAGCUACCAUCCUAGGCCAGAGAGCAAGAGCUACCAUCCUAGGCCAGAGAAUAAGAGCCACCAUCCUAGGUCAGAGAACAAGAGCUACCAUCCUAGGCCAGAGAACAAGAGCUACCAUCCUAGGCCAGAGAGCUACCAUCCUAGGCCAGAGAACAAGAGCCACCAUCCUAGGCCAGAGAAACAAGAGCUACCAUCCCAGGCCAGAGAACAAGAGCCACCAUCCUAG